AUGGAAAAUUUCUGUCAAUUAAUUAAACCUCACGAAGAAGCAACUAUUCAGCAAUACAUUAGCAAAUGCGUUUACUUCUACGGUGGCUCUAUGCUUUGGAUUUAUUUAAGUGCUGUUUUCGUCAUCACUGGACCUGUCACGCUAGAUCAACCGUUUCCAACAAACGCCGAGUACCCGUUCGUCAUUUACCAGCAACCAUUAAAAAGUAUCGUAUUCGUGCAUCAGUCUGUUGUAUGUCUUCAAGCUUCUGCUCAGCUAUGUAUGAAUAUUUUCAUGGCUCUUCUGCUUUGGAUUACCACAGCGAGAUUUGAAUUAUUAGUCAAGGAGUUACGAGCAGUCACCAAUGUUCAUGGUUUAGUUCAAUGCAUUCGACAACAUCAAAGAUUACUACAAUAUGCACAAGAAGUGGUUGCCAUAGUUCGCCCCUUUGCAUUGACAACUAUAAGUCUUAGUACUUUUGCAUUAAUAAUAAUAAUCGGUCUUAUUUUUAUUACUGGCCAACCGAUAUCAAUAAAAAUUCAAUGCGUUGGUCUUACUUUUAGUGGAUUAUCAGAAGUAUUUAUGUAUACAUGGCCAGCAGAACAUUUGAUUCACAUAAGUGGUGAGAUAAUUCAACAAGCUGCUUUCGAUAUGCAGUGGUACAAGCAACCAGUCCCUCUACGAAAAUAUCUACAAAUGAUUAUGCUAAAGGCUCAAAAUCCAAUAGUUAUCGCAAUACCAUGCGUUAUGCCCGCAUUAUCUUUAAAUUACUAUGCAUCGUAUUUAUCGACUGUAUUUUCGUACUUCACGACACUACGAAUAAUUAUGCAAAAUGGAGAAAAUGAAGAAUAA